CGUGCCCACGAGCCAUAGAAGAAGAAGCGGUCACGCAGUUUGAGAGUGAUGGCGACGGUGUCCUUCCCAAGCCCCCUUCGCGCGUCUGAGCCCCGGCUAUUGUGGCCGUCACCUGCAGCCGGCACCCAACGGCCCGCACCGCUGUCCAGAACAUUCGCCGGCGUUCGCGGAGCGACGCUUGCGGCGCGCCCUGCUGGUGAAUGCCUCCCCCGCAGUCGUUCGGAAGAGUGCCACCUCGCAUCCGUCGACCCGCGGCGAGACGACACCUCGUCUCUGCUGGCGUCACGGACGCACUCUGCCGACGGCGGCACGCAGACGACACGCGAUUCCAGCCACGAACACCAACCGCUGCUGCAGAUGGAAGCCGGCGCUGAACCUACUCGGAGCACCCUAUGCACCAAGACCAGAACAGUGCCCUAUUCUCUCAUCGGCGUCCUGUUCGCGGGUCUCGUAACUGCGGCGGUGCCAGCAAUGGUCGGCGCUCCAGGCGGUCACCUGGCUCCUCACGACCUCCUACUGGACCAGGAGCUAUCGUGUGGAUGGCGUCAACCUGAGCCGCUCUACAACGCCCCUCCGGAUGUCUCGGACGGGGGAGUGUUGAUCGAAGAACCUCGCUUCUACGACCAGCAGCCGCGCACCAUGGUCACAACACGGUCGGGCGAUGAUGUUCGCGACAGACCCCUAAAUUUGGCGGCAAGAUCCAUCGCCCGGAGCAAUGUGGCGCACAGCUGGGCCCUGUUCGACUCACCGGGGACAGAGCGAUACAUGUGGUCCGAGUGCAUUCGCCACUACUACACGUACUGCAUUCUCCCGGUGAUGUUGUUCAACUACGACACAAAAGAGAGUGCGUGCGUUCCAGCAACAGCGGCCAGCUAUGCAACCACGGCUCCAACCUGUUCGGCAUCUGGCAACUGUGCCUGGAGAAGUGCCUGCAGCGCGACCGUGUCUACGACAUGUUCUUUGAAAAUGCAGUCCUGCAACCAUACGCCCGGCGAGACCUCACCACCAACAUGUGGUUCUUCGGCUGGAGCGCGUGACAGCCCCGAUUCAUCUCUCGCCGAGAACAGCCCAUGGACACAUUGUAGCGUCUGCAAGACGUACCACGAAUUCGCGGUUCGUUGGGAAGGAAUCGAGCCUGGCCGCGGUCCUCGACAUCAACUGUUGCGGAAUAUACUGGAAGCCGAAGCAUGCCGCCGGAAGAACCUGCCAAGUCCUUUUCUUUUGGGUGCACAGGCAGAAGGCAGGGCGAGGUGUGUCAACACCUUUUCCGUGACACUUUUUGCCGGCGCUGCCUCGUUGGAUCCACCCCUUUCCACCUACUGGCGGCCAGCGUAGAGGCCAAUGAUAUUUCUAAUCCGAAAUAUUAGGGCAAUAUUGUGUUAAUUUAGGACGAAAAUUUUCACACGCCCUAAUAAAAAGGCUAUCUAGUUAGGUA